CAUUCGCUGUCCACUCACCCAAAAUAAAAAAGAUUGAGCAUUUUUUCUUAGACAAAUGGCUCAAACAACACCAAAUCACACACAAAAUGUUUCUGGUUGGGCAGCUCAUGAUUCUUCUGGCAAGAUCACACCUUUUACUUUCAAGAGAAGAGAAAAUGGUGAGAAUGAUGUGACCAUUGAGAUCUUGUAUUGUGGCAUGUGUCAUACGGAUCUUCAUCAUGUCAAGAAUGAUUGGGGUUUUACUAUGUACCCUGUUGUGCCUGGGCAUGAGAUAACUGGGAUUAUAACAAAGGUGGGAAGCAAUGUGACAAAAUUGAAGGAUGGAGAUAGAGUAGGUGUAGGUUGUUUGGCUGCAACAUGUUUGAAGUGUGAGUAUUGUAAAGACUCCCAAGAGAACUAUUGUGACCAAGUCCAAUUCACUUACAAUGGCAUCUUUUGGGAUGGAACUAUCACUUAUGGUGGCUACUCUAAUAUGCUAGUUGCUGACCACAGGUACGUGGUACGUAUACCAGAUAACUUAGCAAUGGAUAGAGCAGCACCAUUAUUAUGCGCAGGAAUAACAGUUUAUAGUCCACUGAAAGACAACAAUUUGGUGAAAACACAAGGUAAAAGAAUAGGGAUUAUUGGUCUAGGUGGACUUGGACAUGUCGCAGUGAAAUUUGGGAAAGCAUUUGGACAUCAUGUUACUGUCAUUAGUACAUCUCCAUCCAAAGAACAAGAAGCUAAACACAACUUGGGUGCUGAUGAUUUUAUACUAAGCACUAAUCCUAAACAAAUGCAGGCAAGGAAAAGGACUCUAGACUUUAUUUUGGAUACAGUGGCAGCCAAUCACUCACUUGGGAUUUACUUAGAGCUUCUAAAAGUAAAUGGAACUCUAGUAAUUGUUGGAGCACCAGAAAAGCCAAUUGAUUUGCCUGCUUUCCCUAUGAUUUUUGGGAAGAGAAAUGUGAAAGGAAGCAUGAUAGGAAGCAUAGAAGAGACACAAGAAAUGAUGGAUUUAUGUGGAAAACAUAACAUAUUGAGUGAUAUAGAGAUUAUCACCACUGAUCAAAUUAAUGAAGGACUUGAUAGACUUGCAAAAAAUGAUGUUAAGUAUCGUUUUGUCAUUGACAUUGCUGGUCAAUCAUCUAAUCUUUAGGAUCAUUUAAGAAAUGUUUUCACUAAAUAAUUACAUCAUUUUCUUAGUUUUUUAAUCCGAUCUUUUUUUUUUGUGUGUGUGUGAUUCACAUCUCAUUUUAAUCCAAUUCCCUGAACUUGUAUUUCUUAUUAUGAGAAGUAUUUCUUAUUGAUUUGGCCGAACAUUUUUAUCA